AAUCUCCAAAAGACGUCUCUUUUCCCACCCCGCACCGAUUACGCGACUGCUGAUUCGACCUCGCAUCCUCACAUCAAAGUUUCACCGGGCUUUCACUUCUCACUCCAUCAACAACGUCGUAUUUCCCAUAGAAGCAUCAUACCUCGAUACUCAAAAAACAUGUCUACCCAAGACCCCGGUAUCCCCUUGACCCAUGCCCCAGACGCCAGAGGCUACAAGCUCAUGGAGCUGCCCCCCGACCUAGAAGCCCUGCUCACUGCCGAAGAUGCUCCGGUCAUAACCCUCACCUCAACCCCAACAACAGCCCUCCUAAAAACCCCAGACAAAACCUACAAACUCCUCCAGAAAAACACGUCAAACUCUCUCAUCCUCCUCGCCCCUCACUCCACCGCACCCUCACCAGAUUCCUCGGACGACAGUAUCCCCGUCACCGGCCUAGCCGCCAUCGCCACCAUCCACGAAACCAUCGAGCUCGUCGCCCAGACCGAGCCGCAGACGGUAUCAAAUCUCAAAAACACUGGAAGCAAGGGGAAAUGGCACGAGAAAUUUGGUCGGGGGCGGUGA